CUUUGCACAUGUGCGUGUCUCUGCGUGGUGAUGUGCCGUCGAGAGUAACCUUCAGGAAACCGACUCGGUUUAAACGAGUCAAAAUCAAAGGUGUUCAACAUGCUAAUAAAACAUAUUUAACUGCAUAAUGACAGGCAGGCAGCGAUGGCCAUCACAACCAAAUACUGCCAGAAGGAGCUGGAGGAAUAUGGUGGCUGUGUUGUGUCUCAUCCAGCAUCAUGGCAAGAGAAGUGUCUAGACCUGAAGCUGAAGGUGGCACAGUGCACUUCAUCACAUCCUGUGAUAAGGAAGAUCCGAACAGACUGUGCCGGUGAGUUUUCUGUGUUUGAGAGCUGUCUGCGAGAGAACCAGAGCUCUGCCGAAGCGUGUCAACCUCGCCUCACCCGUUUCCUUGCCUGUGUUGAGACCGUCGACCUUUCAGGAAUAGCAAAUGCUGCGCCUCAGCCCACAUAGAUGUUUUCGCCAUUGUUCUGUCUAAUGAGGACAAUAGCACAGGUGUUUUAUACUCAAUACUGGGAAGAAAUGGAUAAUGGAAAUAUUGUAUAUGAAGAACUGCAACACACACACACACAAGAACAGAGCUAAAUCUUUUGCACUGAAAAGAUGCAAGAAAAGACUGUGUAAUGUGAUAUUAGAUUUUGUUUUUGUUUUGUUUUUGGAACUUUUCACACUAUUUAUGAGAGAAAUAAUUUUUAAAAGGUUUCCAUGAUAUUAAACCAUGAAGUUGCAAUAAAAAUAUGCAUUUCAGUUUU